GAUAUGUUCAGAUUUUAAAUAAUUUUUGUCAAGAGUUGUAUCGAAAUUGAAAACAGAGGAUGUUAUAAAAACGAUCCGCGGGCUCAAGACCAUCUAUCUGCAAGCCUAGACUGCUUUCUCCUCAGGACGAAGAAAACGAUGAAGUUAAUGGCUCUUUGAAAGCGACUCUAGUGAAUGUACUGAAUUCAAGUUACCUGAAUAACGAAUAAAUCUUUACAGGGUAACCAUGUAGGGUACUGAUCAACAGUUUUUAACCCAGAAAAUUUUCUAUUUUUGGCGAGCGGCACUUUAGGAAAAAUUCUGAGACUAGUAUUAUUACCCAUGGAAAUGUUUUUGCGAUAUUUUGUUUCAAAAUUUUUCCUAAACUUUCGGAAGUGCCUCUCGCCAAAAAUAGAAAAUCUUCGGGGUUAUCGAGUAUAUUGAAUACGAAAAGUACUUUCAGCAACUGAAACCAUCUUCAUUUUUUUUCCAGUGAUACGCUUUUCAAGAUUUCUACCACUCAUUUUCUUAUUUGAGACAGUUUUAUUACUAGUUUCCCUUCUACUGUCAUAGAUAUGAUCCCGAUGCUGGUAGCCUUUCAUCACCGGCAUCAACACAUGUUCAAUAUGUCCAAUCAGCUGCGUAUACAGUUCAAUUUCAAUGUGAGAUUGAUAAACAACGAGAUCAAAUAGCCAAUAUCACUUGCUUAUCGCAUCCAAUAUCAAUAGAUUACGCAGGUGACUCAAUCAAGGUGUCAUUUAGUCAACAGAAUGUACAUCUAGAUCGAGAUAUUAUCUUGGAUUUGAUAUUAACAGAGAAUCCAACAUCAUGCAUGGCCUUAGCAAUUGAAAGUCACGCUUUGAUGACGUCAUUUAUUCCAAAUAAAACCGAUUUUGGCACGCAACAGGACGUUAAUAAUGAAUUUAUAUUUAUUGUUGAUUGUAGUGGAUCAAUGAUGGAUGAAAAUAAAAUGGGCCUAGCUCGUGAGGCGAUGGAAUUAUUCUUAAAAUCAUUACCAAUGAAAUGUCGUUUUAAUCUCGUUCGAUUUGGUACUACCUAUCACGCAUUAUUUAACGACGUGACUGUUGUAUAUGACGAGCUAAAUGCAUCUAAAGCUCAACAACUCAUUUCUAAAAUGAGAGCUGAUUUAGGUGGUACGGAACUACUAGCCCCAUUAAAAUGGAUAUUUGAACAAAAACCAUUUGAAAAUUAUUCACGACAAAUAUUUGUACUAACCGAUGGAGAAAUCAGUAAUGUCGAUCAAGUAAUGGAUCUAUGUAAACAAAUGGCAAACACAACACGAAUAUUUUCAUUUGGGUUAGAACCAUGCCCGAAAAACGCUUUCAGACUAGGCCCGUUACAUCAACAGUAUAAACCACUGACAUUCGAUAAAAAAUGA